ACGUGUCUGUGUGGAGAUAUAAACGGCGCUCUCUCCUUCCUCUGCCGAAAGAUCAACUUCGCGCCUGCAGAUAUCGGGGGAGAGAGGGGAAAGUGAGAGAGGAGUCGGUGUUGAGGGGGAGGGAGAGGCAGAAAGUAAGACGGGGAAAAGGAAGGAGAGAGAAGGGAAAUACAGAGAGGGGCUCUGAAGGUGGUGGGGAGAAAGGGAGAGGCUGUGAGUGAAACAGAGGGGGGAGAGCAGGGAGAGAGGAAGAAAAAGACUGGGAGAGAAAAAUGAAAAGCGGGAGAGAGAGAUGCAGAUAGGAAAAGGGAGAAAUAGAGACGGAGAGAAGAGGCAAAUGAGAGGCUGAGUCGGCGAAUUUUAAGCUUUAGUUUCCCUGCUUGAAACGACAUCCCAUGACAGGAUGAACCGCUCCUUCAUCGCCAGCCUGUUCCUUCUGAUGGUUUCGGUACAACCGGCGAUUUCCCACCCCCAGUGCCUGGACUUCAAGCCCCCGUUCCAGCCCUCCGAGCCACUGUCCUUCUGCACCAUGUACUCCUCGUUUGGGUGCUGCGAUGCCCGCAGGGACUCCGCCAUCUCUCGGAAGUACCGGCACAUUCUCAGCUUCUUCCAUUCCACCGCCAUCCCGGUCUGCGCCAAGUACAUCCAGGAACUCCUGUGUCAGCGCUGCUCCCCGUUCGCCGCCCACCUGUACGACGCGGAGGACGCCAACACGCCGGUCCGCCAGCUACCGGGGCUGUGCGCCGACUACUGCACCGACUUCUGGCGGCUGUGCCGCUCGGCCCUCAGCCUGCUGCUGCCGCCGGACGGCGGGGACGGGAUGGGCGGGCGGGCUCCCGACUCGGACCGGGAGACGUUCUGCGGCGCGCUGGUGCUGCGCGACCCCGACUACUGUUACCCGCGGGUGGCGCGCGCCGGCCGGCUGACGGCGGCGCUCGGGCGCGUGCAGGCGGACGCGAGCGGCUGCCUCCAGCUCUGCCUGCGGGAGGUGGCCAAUCAACUGCGGAACCCGGUCGCCAUGGUGACGGCCGGCGACGGCACCCACCGCCUGUUCGUGGCCGAGCAGCUGGGCCUGGUCUGGGCCUACCUGCCCGACGGCUCCCGCCUCAGCCGCCCCUUCCUCAACCUGACCCAGGCCGUGCUGACCUCGCCCUGGGUGGGCGACGAGAGGGGCUUCCUCGGCCUGGCCUUCCACCCCGACUUCAGGCGCAACGGCAAGGUCUACGUCUACUACUCGGUCUACGCCCGCAAGGCGGAGAGGAUCCGCGUCGGCGAGUUCCACCUGCUGCCCGGCGACAUGAACGCGCUGGACCCGGCGUCCGAGAGGGUGAUCCUGGAAGUGGUGGAACCUGCCUCAAAUCACAAUGGGGGGCAGCUCCUCUUUGGAGAUGACGGGUACUUGUACAUCUUCACCGGAGAUGGCGGACGAGCUGGAGAUCCCUUCGGAAAGUUCGGAAAUUCACAGAAUAAGUCAUCACUACUGGGCAAGGUGCUGAGGAUCGACGUCAACCACAAUGAUAACGGACCCCCAUAUCGCAUCCCCCCGGACAAUCCGUUCGUUGGGGAAUGGGGAGCGAGGCCUGAGGUCUAUGCCUACGGGGCGCGGAACAUGUGGCGCUGCUCGGUGGACCGGGGGGACCCGGUGACCGGUGCCGGGAAGGGGCGGCUGUUCUGCGGCGACGUUGGCCAGAACAAGUACGAGGAGGUGGACAUCAUCCAAAAGGGAGGCAACUAUGGAUGGCGGGCCAAGGAGGGCUUCUCCUGCUAUGACAAGAAACUCUGCGCCAACUCCUCCCUCAAUGACAUCCUGCCAAUUUUUGCCUAUCCUCACAAGCUGGGCAGAUCGGUGACAGGUGGCUACGUCUACAGAGGCUGUGAGAUGCCCAACCUCAAUGGGCUCUACAUCUUCGGAGACUUCAUGAGCGGUCGCCUCAUGGCUCUGAAAGAGGAUGCUGUCUCUGGGAAGUGGCGCUAUCAAGAAAUCUGUAUGGGCAGUGCGCAAAUUUGCAACUUCCCCAAGGUCAUCAAUAACUACUACCAGUACAUCAUUUCAUUUGCUGAAGAUGAGGCAGGCGAACUUUACUUCAUGUCCAGCGGAAACCCCAGCGCUUAUGCACCAGCGGGGACACUGUACAAAUUAGUCGACCCUUCCCGCCGUGCGCCGCCAGGGAAAUGUCGCUUUAAACCUACGCCUGUGACUGUGAAGGGGAAGUUGAUUCGUUUUCGUCCGAAGGAAAAACUCAUUGAUGACUCCAUCGGCACCACCCCGGCACCUCCGAGAGCGACCACCGCCAGCCCCACGCCGACUGCUGGCCGCGCUCCAACGCAGAGGCCGAAAGCGACAGCGUCCCCGAGGGAGAGAGCCCGGCAUGCGACAUCUGCCCCCCGCCCAGCCGCUCCGAGUAGGCGCCGGCCGACACCGGGCCCGCCGAAGAGCACCACGUCCAGACCGGCCACCAGCAGUAGAUUGCCUAAACAGUCGGCCAAGCCCAGAGGGGGAGACAGGAGGAAGGGUCGGCCCAGCUCGGCGAGGAAGAGGAAGCGCACAAAGCCGCGGGAAGGUUAUGGACACACCACUCCCCUCUCCAGCGGAGGGAAGGCUUUCUCCAUCAUCUUUGCCUUGGUGGGGGUCCCACUGACGAUGUUGUUCCUGACGGUGCUGGUACAGCGGCUGAUGAUCUACCUGACGAGCCGUCCCAUCCGCCUGUGUCAGGAGAGGCUGGGGUACUCCAAGCAACAGGUGACCCGGGUCCACCUCCUGGUGUUGGCGCUGGUGGUUCUCAUCACCUUCUUCAUCAUCCCCUCGGCCAUCUUCAGCGCCAUCGAGAGGAAGUGGAGCUUCCUCGAUGCCUUCUACUUCUGCUUCAUCUCCCUCACCACCAUCGGCCUGGGUGACUACGUCCCCGCAGAGCAGAGCAAUCAACUGCUGCGCCCUCUCUACAAGAUCUCCGUCGCCUUCUUCCUCCUGUGUGGUCUCGCUGUGAUGCUGCUCUUCCUCCAGACCUUCCACGCCGCCGCUGGACUGCACGGCCUGACCGAGAUCUUCAAGCUGCCGCCGUCCGAGGGCGAAGAUGACGAGGGCGAGGGGUCCGUCCUGCAGCCAGGGCUGCCCUGCCCCUCCUCCCAGCCCAGCAAGGACCCCAAGCCACGGAGCCACGCUGAGCCCCCCUCCUACGAGUCCAUUCUGCCCCCUGUGAACCGGUGACGGUGGGAGAGGCAGGUGGGGGGGGGGAGGGGAGGCGAAUGGGGUCAGGGGUGAGGGGUCAUGCCCUGCCCUAUUUCCUUAGUGCCCAAUCAACUAGAACAUAGGGGGAGUAGGCCACUCAGCCCCUCCACAGUCUGCUAUACUCUUCAGUAACGUCAUGGCUGAUCCAAUCCCGCCCUUAACACCACCCUGUCCCACACCCACUGCGGUUCAAAUGUCUGUUGGAUUCUGCCUUGAAUAUAUUCCAUGUCCCCACCUCCACAGCUCGAGGUAAAAAAAAUUCCAAAGGUUCACGAUCCUCGGAGAGCGGGAAUUCUCCAUCUGAAAUGGGCGACCCAUUAUCGGAGUCAUGGAACAAUACAGCACGGAUACAGGCCCUUCGGACCAACCAGUCCAUGCUGACCACAGUGCCCACCUAGCUAGUCCCAAUUUCCUGCAUUUGGCCCAUAUCCUUCUAAGCCCUGUCCCUCCAUGUACCUAUCCAAGUGCUUCCUAAAUGAUCCUGUUGUGCCUGCCUCACCCACUUCCUCUGGCAGCUCGUUCCAUAAACUCACCACCCUCUGCGUGAAAAACUUUCCCCUCACAAGUCCCUUUCAAAUCUUCUGAAGCCACGUCCACUUGUUGUAGUUGCUCACACUGGACGGGAUCAUCCCCUCGGCAACCCCACCCCUCCCCAGAACCUUGUCUGUUUUAAUAAAACCACCUCUCGUUCUUCUAAGCUCCAUUGAGUGGGCCAGUACUUGUGAGGUGGGGGGGGGGGGGGGGGGAAGGUGUGGGCUCGUGAUUUGUUCGGGGGAACCUCCCUCCACCAUGCUCCCAGCAUCCUUUAUUUUGCCAGCCUUUGACCUCUCCUGAUGUCCCCAGUGACCUUGGAUCGAUGGUCCUGGGAAAUCUGGACUCUCCCCUCCUUCCAGUCUCCUCCACGACCACAGACACUGCCCCACCUCAUCUCCCUGAAGCUCUUUUGGUGAUUGGAAUGCUGCCAUUCCAGAAUCCGAGCUUGUUUAUUUGACUGUUGGAUUGUACUUCAAAAAGGGGAAAGUGCUUAUCUGCCACGGCCCUUCUAUCGAUGGCCUCCAACUCGGAGAGGGACAGUCGGCCUUCAUUUCCUGCCCCUGUAACCAGCUGUCCCGUCUGCCUGGGCCAUCUCGAAUCGCUCGAUGCCCCUGAAGUCGAACAGCUGACCAAGAUGUUGGGUAACCCACUCCCCUUGUGUUGCUCUCUCACCAGUCCACACAGGGUCUCUCUCCCUUUUCUGUUCCUUCCCCCUUCCCCCCCACCCCUGGGCUCAUUUCGUGCGCCCCCCCCCCCCCACAGCCUGGUCCCAUCUGCCCAUCAUUCCCCCCCACCAUCUGGUUCCACCUCUCUCUCUGCCUCCCUCUCACUCCUAUCUACCAGCUGUCUUCCCUCGGCGCACUCAGUCCUGAUGUAGGGACUUGACCCGAAACGUCAACCAUCCCUCUGCCUCCACGGAUGCUGCCCGACCCGCUGAAUUCCUCCAGCGGUUUGUUUUUAGCUGACCAAACAUGUUCACACCCUGGGCUGAACUUCAAACCCCAGGACCUAUCCGUUGCCCAGACCUGACGGCAGAAUCUUGGGCCGUUCCUUGCUGGAGAUGGGAAAACCCUUGUCCUCCAGCCUUCACACCUCAAGCCAUUCGACACUGAGCACCAUCCCCUUCAUCCAUGAUGACCGCCCUGGCUUGUGUUGAGAGGUUAUUAAGUUACUGCUCCAAAAGGUGACUGCUGGACCCUGCGUUCCAGCCCUACACCACACCAACAUCAACUGGGCGGCUUGGUCACGUAGCAGGUAGUGCUGCUUCCACACCGCUCCAGUGAUCUGGGUUCAAUCCCGACCUCCGGCGCUCUGUGUGUGUGGAGUUUGCACGUUCUCCCAGUGACCGUGUGGGCUUCCCCCGGCUUUCUUCUCUCAACCCCCAUCCAAUCCAACACUUAAAUGAUAUGUUUCCGUCCGAUGGAGGUGAAGGCUCGGCUAGAUCAAUAAAAACUACUGCAAGCUCCUUGUUUC